AUGAUGCAGAAUCCGCUGCUGUCGUACCCGGCGUUCAGCCACUUCCUGGAGCUGCGCCACCACCACCACCAACAGCAGCAGCACGCCCAGCACAGCCACCAGCAGCAGCACCAGCCGCAGGCGACGGCGGCCUCCGGCGCGGGCGCGCCGCCACCCCCGCCACCCCCGCCGCCCCCGACGACAUCGUUUUUCAUGUACGCCGCGGCGGCAGCGGCCGACGCCAUCCUGGGGCUGCGCGCCACCGACCUCAGCACCGCCGCCUCCACCGCCUCCGCCGCCGCCACCAGGACUGCCGGAUCCGCCUCCGCAGUGGCCGCGUGUCGGAGGACCAACCCUUCUGCUUCGGGUGAGAAGGGCGGCGCCGGUUCUUCGGAGGGCCGCAAGCAGUCGGCUGGGAAGUGCAAGCGCGUGCGCACCAUCUUCACGCCGGAGCAGCUGGAGCGGCUGGAGGCGGAGUUCGAGCGCCAGCAGUACAUGGUGGGGCCCGAGCGCCUCUACCUGGCGCACGCGCUCCAGCUCACUGAGGCACAGGUGAAGGUGUGGUUCCAGAAUCGACGCAUAAAGUGGCGCAAACAGCACUUGGAGCUGCAGCAGCAACGGCUGCAGCAGCAGCAGCAGCAGCCGCAGGUCGGCCGGCUGGAGGCGUCCACGCCCGGCGACAGCGACGGCGACAGCUGCAACAGCGGGCCCGACAGCCCCCCACCCCCACCCCCACCACCGCAGCAGCAGCAGCCAGCCUUCCCCACGCAGUAG